UUUCCCAAUCUGAUGCAUCACACAACCAGGAUGACCAAUGAGUACUGCUGAAAUAUCCUAUCUUGAAAAUAACGGUGGCGUCAAGCACGCCAUCACCCCUGUUUCGCUGCUGCGGGGAUCCUGGACAGGAGCUUGACCACAUGAUGCGUAUGCGACGCCCGUUAGCUUGGGAAUAAAACUAUGAUUCGAUGUAACACAUACUAAAAAAAAAUGCUAUUCCAAGAUAUUAAACAUGUCCCAGCUUGACGAGCCUUCUCCCGAAGCAGCCGUCGGACAAAGACUCUUGAAGCUAGUAUUUCUCGCGCUUCUUUCAGCUUCGGCUUCGCUUUCGAGAACCAGCUCCUAGGUAGAUAACAGGUUAUCGAAAUUGCAAUAGAAUGCCGGGCAGCGCAUCCCCAGACCCGAGUGUCACUGACAUGUCGUUGAGUCAGCGCUUGAAGCACUUCAACGGGUUCCUCGCCUUCCUGCUCGUCUUCUCGGGAUUCUGCGCUUUCAACUACGGUUACGAUGUCGGAACGUUUGGUGGUGUGCAGGGUCUUCCUUCUUUCACCCGAAAAUUCGGCGAGUGUGACGAGGAUGGGGUUUGUGCUCUACCUGGGUGGUUAUCGUCGGUCAUGACCGCUACGCCAUUCUUUGGGAAAGCUCUGGGAUGUAUUGGAGCUGGUUGGAUCGCCGAGAGAUUCGGACGUAAAGCUACAUUUUAUCUCCUGUGCAUCGUUUCUAUAAUCGGGGUCACGCUGCAGACAACUUCAGUCACCUCUCGAGCCCAGUUCACACUGGGCCGUAUCAUCACCUACGGGCAGACCGGCAUAGCGAUCGUGCUUGUCCCUAUUUAUCAAGCUGAAACCACACCUAGAGAGCUUCGCGGCAUGUUUGCCUCGACCAUCCAACUGAUGAUCGUGUUUGGGCAAGUAGUGUCGUCGCUCGUCACCUACGGCACGAAAAGCAUUCCGAGCACCGCCGGUUGGAGAAUCCCUAUCGGGCUGCAGCUAGUCUCACCAGGAAUUCUCCUUAUCUUGCUUACAUUUGUUCCAGAAUCUCCUCGCUGGCUUCUCGACCGCCAGAGAGACGAUGAAGCGUUCAACAGCCUGCGGAAGCUGAGAAAACACUCUAGCAAUGAGGAUAUACAUUUGGAGAUUGAGUCGUUGAAAUAUGCUUGUGCUCAUGAAGACAAGGGGACAUGGGCGGAGGUCUUUGACAAAAUCAACCGGGUUCGCACAAUGAUUGCGGUAAUUGCCAUGUUCGGUCAACAAAUCACUGGUCAGGCUUUCCCUAGCCAAUACGGCGUCAUCUUCUAUCAAUCCCAAGGAUUUGGACAGAAAGCUUUCCUGUACAACGUUAUUGGGAACCUAGUCUCCCUUGUCGCUUGUUUUUUGACUUGGGGCUAUGUCGAUCAGGUUGGCCGUCGACCCUUACUCAUGCUUGGCGGCUUCUUUAUGGGCGUCUGGCUCUUUGUUCUCGGCGGUCUAGGCACGAUGAGAACCGAGGAUUUCACGCCGGCCACCUCAAAUCUCCUAGUCGCGUCGCUCCAGCUCUUCAGUGUUUUUUAUAACUUGUCGUGGGCGCCUAUCUCCUACGUUGUCGUAUCUGAAGCCGCGACCCUGCGUCUCAAAGAAAAGACCAACCUUGUCGCCAGCGUCUUCUCUGUGCUAACCACCUUUGUCGUCAGCUUCACAACCCCGUACCUCAUCAACCCUGAGUACGCAAACCUCGGAGGUAAAGUCGGGUUUAUCUACGGCAGCUUUAACUUUGCCAUGGUCGUCGCGACGUUCUUUGUGAUCCCCGAGAUGAAGGGUCGCACACUCGAGGAGAUCGAUCAGCUCUUCGCGUCAGGCGUCUCGCUGCGCAAGUUUGGAAGCGUCAAGACUAGAACUGCACAAGAGUUGUAUGAGUCCGACAUUGAUAAAAAGGUAGACAAUCAAGAAGAUACUCCAGAUAGGGCAAUCGGCAUUAGAGCGACUGGGCUGGCUCGCUGACGAUAUUGAAGGAAUUGCAUGAGUUUUAGACUCAUUUUUUGUUUCUAAUAGGUAUCACACAGCCAAGACUGUCAAAUAUGCCAAGACUCUAGGCCAUCUACUCUAUGCCUUUGGCGAAAGUGAAGCAUAAGCAAUUGGGUUUACUGAGUGGUAAGGCCAGAUAGUUACAUGCAGUUAAAACCAGCAAUGACCUAGGCAAAGGAAGCCGAAUAGGCGGAGAUCCUAGAUUCUGUGAAGCCUAACCAGCAUAAAGCGCCUAGGUUAUAUCACACUUUGAAGAGAUGGGUGCCUAGGUGGGAUGUCAUCAUCAUCCAUCCUACAUCCUCUUCAAUGUUCUGCUCGAUCUAUUACCUCUUAGACCUUUUUAUCUUCAGCAGGACUCAGUACAUUCCUACUAUGUAGGUACUUAGGUACACGGUAGCAGGGACCCUCUAUAAGG